UGCGAUCUUCAGCUCCCUACAUAUAUAUAUGCACAUAUAUCUAUAUAUUCUCAUUUUUGGAGAGAGAGGGAGAGGGAGAGAGAGAGAGAGAGAGAGACUUGAGCUGCUGGUCACGAGUUUUGCAUUUCGAAGAGAGAGAGAGAGAGACUGAAUCAGGCUGAGCGGAGGAGUAGAGAGCGAAAAUUCUUCAUCCUGUUGGUUACCUUCACCGGAUUGUUCAUUAUCGGUCAUCGACAUUCCACGACGAUUCUUUAGAUUUUCUUUUCUGGAUUUUUCGUGCCUGGCGAAGCCGAAUGUGUUGAGUGAUGCAGCGCCGUAGAUUUGUAUACAAUGGCAGAGUCGGUACUUGAAGAAGAGAAAGGACAAAGAGAUCUGAUCUCGAAGUCUCCGAGGACUAGAAGACGAGAGCUCGGGUUAGAUAUCUGAAGAAGAAGGAGAAAGAGAAGGCAAUGAACGCUUCUACGAGAUUGACGCAGACACUUAGGAAGCGCAGCAAGCGGGUUGCGCCUUGUCGAUUUGCGGCUAUUUCGAUAGAAGAUGUAAGAGAUGAGAAGGAAGAGGACGCGGUGAAUGCGUUUCGUCACGCCUUGAUUGCCAAAGAUCUGCUUCCGGCUCAACACGAUGACUACCAUACUUUGUUGAGAUUUCUCAAGGCAAGGAAAUUUGAUCUUGACAAGACAAUUCAUAUGUGGACAGAAAUGCUUAAGUGGAGGAAGGAGAAUCAUGUAGACUCUAUUAUACAGGACUGCACAUAUGAUGAAUACGACGAAGUUCUGCAUUAUUAUCCUCAUGGUUUCCAUGGUGUGGACAAAGAGGGACAUCCCGUUUAUAUUGAAAGGCUUGGCAAAGUAGAACCUAGUAAGCUGAUGAGGGUCACCACAGUGGACAGGUUCUUAAAAUAUCAUGUCCAGGGGUUUGAGAAGACUUUUGCUGAGAAGUUUCCAGCAUGUUCAAUUGCAGCCAAGAAACAUAUAGAUUCUACAACAACAAUACUUGAUGUGCACGGGGUGAACUGGAUGAAUUUUGGUAAGGUUGCUCAUGAUUUAGUUAUGCGCAUGCAGAAAAUAGACGGGGACAAUUAUCCCGAGACGUUGCAUCAGAUGUUCAUUGUUAAUGCUGGUAGUGGAUUUAAAUUGCUAUGGAACACUGUGAAAAGCUUUAUUGAUCCAAGGACCACGGCUAAGAUACAUGUCUUGGGCACUAAAUUCCAGAAUAGGCUGUUUGAAGUUAUAGACUUAAGCCAGUUGCCAGAUUUUCUUGGCGGUACCUGCUCAUGCCCAAAUGAAGGUGGGUGUCUUAGAUCUGACAAGGGACCCUGGAAUGAUCCAGAACUGAUGAAGCUAGUACAUGGUGGAGAACCCAUGUAUUUGAGAAAGACUAUGAGUUCUUCUGAUGGGGAUGAUUUAGAAGCCAAGCCAUUUGCUUCUAAGAUUCAGAGUAAUGAAAUAGUUGUUGCUGAGUCAGGAUUAGAUGCAGGCUUGUGUACUUAUAAUAUCAUGCAGCCAAUGCCAGCUCAAAAUCAAGAAAGGGUGGACCUUACUUCUAUCCAUGGCCUUGAUGAACAGGUUGGCAGCAGCAUUAGAGUUGAAGAUUUUGGUUUAACAGCAGAUGAUUUAACGAGUAAUAAUCCAGAAAGAAGGAUGCUGAAGAAAUUCGUUACAAGUUUAGCGGUCAACUUCAUAUUUAGGGUAUUAGCAUGUAUAUAUCUUUUAUUCCAGUGGUUAGGGAAGUUUACCGUGGGGAAUAGACUGCCUCAGCAGACUGAAAAGCAGUGCAAACCUGAAUUGUCGCAUUCAAGUUGUCAAGAACAAUGCAUUUCUGGGGCUAAGGAAGAGGAUUUACUCCAUCCUUGCUUGCAGAGAUUGCAACAUUUAGAAGCAUUGGUAACUGACUUGUUUAAGAAACCUUCAAGGAUUCCUCCAGAGAAGGAAGACAUGCUUGUUGAGUCCUUAAAUCGCAUUAGAUCCAUAGAGAAAGACUUGCAGAAGACAAAGCAAGCACUACUUGCAACUGCAUCAAAACAAGUGGAGCUUGCGGAGUCGUUGGAAACUUUGAGGGAGAACACGCAUGCGCCUCGUUCCUGUUUCCUGAGGAGUUGCAAGUCUCUUCCCCAAAGAAGACGACCGCCACCAACUUGAGAUGCUGAUGCUACCUUCGCUGAGUUGUUUUUGUGAUGCUCCUCCGUUUGAGACACAAACUUUGGUGAAAUUCUUUUAUUGUCCGUAAGCUUGGCAAGCACAGAACCCCAGGUGAGUUAUCGUCAUCUCUUAAAUCUGCAUUUAGUUAUUGUAAAUUCAAACUACUACAUAACACUAGUCUCUCUUCUCUCACACUUUCUCAAAUUGUUUUAUGAACUUAAAUUUUCUCUUUUCAGUUUUAGAUAGUGUUUGCAGAUGCUGACUACCAAAUUGACUAUGGGCUAAUGUUCUCUCAGCAAGAUUAACAGCAGGAAGUGUGAUUUUCCUUCUUGCAUAAACCUUGAUCGGUCUAUAACAGUAUUAUGUCUUAACGUCACUUGUUCUCAACAACAGAUGUGUAAGACUUUGAUUCUUUAAUAAUUUUCAGUUACUCAUUUUGGAGCACCAUUUACUUUCUAAAUGCUUCAUUCA